AUGCAUGAGCGUCAGCGAGUGUGGCGUGCCUGUCAGGCAUGCCGCCGCAAGAAAAUAAAGUGUGAUGGAGAGACCCCAUGCCAAAGUUGCAGCCGAAAGCAAGCAGCAUGCGUCUAUGUGGAGCCGAGCAACAAGGCAGGGUCGGCGGAUCCACUAUACGUCAUGAGGCUCGAGAAUCGAAUCCAACUGAUGGAACAAACACUACGGAUGCAGCUAACCCGCCAGCAAGAAGGAGAGAAUAAUCGGAUUUCUGGUGUGUCAGAAGGUCGGCCAGGACAUGACGUUGUGGUUCCCUAUCCGACAGAAGAGCUCCAGGGUGUGCAAAGUACAGGGUUGCCAGAUACGCCGCUGCUAACAUCCCAGUCGCCUCCUCCCGAGGGUUAUGACGGUAAUCGACUGGGCGGUCUUCCUCUCAACGGCGCUGACGCUCUGCUGGAGGAUAUCCCGGAUCCUACACCCCAUGAAGAAGCAGAACUCACGGCAGUCAACGUGACCGGAUUGACGGAGCCACUGAUGCAAGCUCUGGUUGACGCAUUCUACUCCUCUUACUACCCAAUAUUCCCUAUUAUUCAACAACAUGAUUUUCAAUGGCAAUUUGAUCGUUGGUUGUCCAUGGGCCGAAGUGAUGAUGGCGAUGGCAGCGGGUUUCCUUUUCUAUUAUACGCAUUACUCGCUGUAGCGGCGGCGGCCAUCCCAGCAGACCACACGAUAUUUGACCAACCAGGCCUGCAAAUCUACAAGCGCAUAAACCUUGGAGAUCUGCUUUACUCCCAUGCGACUUUCAAGUGCCCAGGAUUGCCAUUUCAGCAGGAUGGGAAACAUUCCAUCAACGCCGCCAUCGCGCUCGGCCUUCUCAGUCUCUACCUGAUCGAGAUCGGUAACGUGAGUGGGGCAUGGGCCAUCGCGGGUCACGCAGUCCACCUAUAUCAAAGGUUGGAACUGGAGGAGCUUGAAGAUAGCGCAGACGGAGCGCCCGACAUAGGCGAGACCUGGAACCCACGCGGCAAUGUCUGGUGGUGCUUAUAUAUUCUGGACUGCUCUCUGUCGACGGCUCUGUCCAAGCCCUUGGCGAUUUCUGAUACGGAGAGUGACCUGAGAUACUACGACGAGGACAACUGUCCCGCACUGGGGCUUGAGGCCAAGACAGACCCUUGGUUCUCAGUUAUUGCAGAUUUUCAUAUUACCAUAAACCGCAUUUACCGGUCGAUACGAUGGAUCCGCAAGUCCCGUCGAGCUCAGGAUGACAAGAUGUGGGAUACACUUCGGGCGUGCACGAAAAGAUAUGAUGCCGAACUGGAAAAUUAUUUUAACCAGCAGGUUCUUCCGAAAAUGGAGGAGCCAAGCAGUCAAGUGAGACCAGCGCUACAAACCAUUGCCGUAUCAUCCUACUACAUCGGUGUCGUCCUUCUCUACCGGACGUCCAUUGAGCAGUUUAACGCUGCAGAUCCGGAAGCAUUUCUCCGCUGCGCGGAAGCCGCAUCCAACUGUAUCCAGGCCACACCGCGGGUUAUUGCGAACGUUCCCAUUUGCCAUUUCGUGGUGCAGCAGAGCCGCGCGGUCUACGCCAGUACUAAAGUCCUUUUGCACUGUAUGCGCUUGGCCCGGAACGUGGCGUUCAACGCCAAGGCCUGGCGCGAUGUCGAGACGGGCUUUGACAUGUUGUGCAAGAUUGACAUCCAGUGGCCCCAGAUUAGGAAAUACCAGCAGCUUAUUGAGGGAGAUAUGCAGCGUACGCAGAUUGACUUCAAUAGGCACGAGCUGUUUCAUGGAUUAUUUGAUCGCUACGGGCAACAGACAGCCGGUAAGAGAGGAGGGGAACAAGCUGAGCGCCACGAAGGUUCACCGGGUACCGAUAUGGGUCAAGGGUCGCAGCCUCUGGAACACCAACCAAAGCGACACAAGCUGUCACAGAAUUUUAUCCGCAAUGAGUCUGUUUCCACUGCCUUCUCGGCACCGAACAUUCCACGGAGCGAGGAGUCAGACAGCGAUGCUGGGGUGGACCAAACAAUGCACAUCGGCGAGUUUGUCUUUCCCGACCUCCCUUCGCUGUCAAUGACUUUGGAAGAUUCGCCGUCGGCGAACCUUUUUGGUGAUGCAACGUUGAUGUUGCCCAUUGAUCAAAUAGUUUCAUAG